UCAUAGAGGAGGGUGAGUGAGGGUAAGGGUGUGGGUGUGGUGGAGUGGGAAAAGAGAGAGAGGAAAGAGGCACUUUUUAGUAAUAAUCCAUAUCGAGACGCUUUCACCCCCCAUUAAAUGCUUUACCAAACUCCCCAUCCUCUUCUCUUUCAAUUUCAUCCCUUCCCUUCUUCGUCAUCGACUCUACCUCUAUCUUCGUAUCAUCUUCUCAUUAAGGUGGAAGAAAGAGAAAGGGAAAUGGAGUGCAUGGUGGAGGGAGCGUUGAAGACGAGUUUUAGAAAAGAGAUGGGGAUGGGUAUGAAAUAUACCACAUCCCCGCAGAGGUCCUUCAUGGAAGAACUUCAAAAUGGCGCCCCUUCCGACGACUUCUUCGUUGACCAACUCCUUGACUUCUCCCAAGUAGACCAACAAGAAGAGCAACAAGAAGAAGAACAAGAGCAUAAGAAAGUUGGAGAAGACUCUGCUUGCGUGUCACUCUCGCCGCAACAGACCAACGACGUUGAAGAGACCUUUCCCUCUCUCCCCACCACAGACCUCAACCUUCCGGAUGAUGUGGCAGACUUGGAGUGGCUCUCUCAUUUCGUCGAGGAUUCCUUCUCUCAAUUCUCUCCUCCCAUCGUCCCCGCCGCCGUACCAACCUCAACCCCACCUGCUCCGCCUCAACCUUGUUUCAACACCCCCGUUCCUGCCAAGGCGCGUAGCAAGCGAACCCGAACCGGUGUCAGGGUUUGGCCACUCGCCUCACCUUCCUUCGCCACCACUGACUCCUCCUCAACCACUGCCACCGCUACCUCCUCCACCUCUUCUUCCCCUUCCAGCCCCUUGCUAAUUUACGCCACAAACCUGUCCCAGACCAUGGACCAGGUUAGCUCCGACGCUCCGCCGAAGAAGCCCAAGAAGAAGGCCUCUCCGGAAGGCGGAUUUCCGGCACAGGCACCGCGCCGCUGCAGCCAUUGCGGCGUCCAGAAGACCCCGCAGUGGAGAACGGGACCCCUCGGGGCGAAAACGCUCUGCAACGCGUGCGGGGUUCGGUACAAAUCGGGUCGGCUCUUACCCGAAUAUAGACCCGCUUGCAGCCCAACGUUCUCCAGCGAGUUGCACUCCAACCACCACCGGAAAGUUCUGGAGAUGCGGCGGAAGAAGGAGACUAUAGGUGGUGGGGUUGAUACCUCCGGUUUGGCCCCUCCGGUUGUUCCCAGUUUUUGAUGAUUCAUUAUUAUAUAUAUUAUAUAUUAUAUAUUAUAUA